AUGAACCGCGUCAAAGCCGGUCGCAAAAAGGCCGAAGGGGGUGCAAGAUCGUUGAUCCCCUGUAUAGUCUUCCUCAUUUCCGCUGCGUGCGUCAUUUUGGUCAUUUCGUACACCGGCGCUAACGUCGCCACGAAAGCAUCAUCCGCGCAGCCCGGCGCAAAGAACCCGCGCGGAGGGGGGGAAAGCGCGGACGUCAUGGAGGAAGGCGGGGGGGAGGGGGAUGACGCGGGGGAAAUGUCGUUCGUAAAGGGUGGCGUAGGCGCGGCGCCAUUCCUGCCGGAUUUCGAUCUGAGCCGUCCAGUGGAGCACGGGCCGAAGGGGAAGCGGUUGAGUAAAGAGGAGCAGGAGUACGUGAGCGCGGAGGCGGAAUACCAGAUGCGUCUGGCGCGGCGGAACGAGCUGACAGGGGGCAAGCGCCCCGAGCCGCCGUUCCCGCGGUGGAAGCCGGGCAAGAUCAAGGAGGUGUUCCUCACGCCCACCUACCCCUGCAAGCGCGCCGAGCGCCUGGGGGGCACGGGGGCGGACGGAGAAGGCGGAAAGGUGAGGGGGGCGGACGAAGGGAGGGGCAAGGUGAAGGUGGUUGGUAGGUCUGAUCUGAGUGUGAUGGAUGAUGGUGAGAAGCAGCCCUGGGUGGGUGGGAAAGGCCUUGAUGGGAAGCCGGGCAAGAUCAAGGAGGUCUUCCUCACGCCCAUCUACCCCUGCAAGCACGCCGAGCGCCUGGGGGGCACGGGGGCGGACGGCGAGGGGGAAAGGGGCAGAUUUGGUGUUGAUGGGGUAACUCUACUGGUGGAGAAGGCCAAAUGGACGAUGGGUGUGCAACAUCCGGAAACUGAGAGGGGGAGGCAGGAGGCCUAUCGUGUUCCCAUGCCCUUAUCCCGUCCCGCCCUGCCCCUGUCCCCAUGCCCCUGUUCUCAUGCCCCUGUUCCCAUGCCCCUGUUCCCAUACCCCUGUUCCUAUGCCCCUGUUCCCCCUCACCCGCCCCUGUUCCCCCUCACCCGCCCCUGUUCCCCCUCACCCGCCCCUGUUCCCCCUCACCCGCCCCUGUUCCCCCUCACCCGCCCCUGUUCCCCCUCACCCGCCCCUGUUCCCCCUCACCCGCCCCUGUUCCCCCUCACCCGCCCCUGUUCCCCCUCACCCGCCCCUGUUCCCCCUCACCCGCCCCUGUUCCCCCUCACCCGCCCCUGUUCCCCCUCACCCGCCCUUGUUCCCCCUCACCCGCCCCUGUUUCCCCCACGGGCAGUGGGUGUGCAACAUCCGGAAACUGAGAGGAGGGGGCAGGAGGCCUAUCGUGUACAGACCUUUUCCAUCUCGUUUCCCUCUUCUCCCUCCCCUUUCUCCCUUCCUUGCAGUGUGGGCAGUGCAGGGGAAACCUCCUUCGAGCAGGCUGUGAGGGAGCGGCUGCGCACCAAGGCGUUCACCUUCGACCCGUUUCUGGACGACCAGCAGGCAGCAGCGCUGCGAGCCAAGCACCUGCUGCGGUACAUCCCCAUCGGCCUUGGUGCGGGCAAGCAGCUCUCUGCUUUACGGCGGGGGGCGCCGGGGAAGCGGUUUGCCACGCUGGCCCAGCUGAUGGGGAAGCUCAACCACUCGCAUAUUGACGUUCUCAAGAUUGACUGUGAGCGCUGUGAGGAGCGGCUCAUGGAGGAUCUGCUCAACACGUUUGGCAAGGAGAAUCCACCAGCAGAGCAAAUCUUAGUGGAGAUUCACCAGAUUCGCCACGUGGCCAGGACCACGCAAGUCCUCUUCCCAUUGGAGGACAUGGGUUACCGCCUCUUCAAUGCAGAGGCCAACCCACGCUCUUACCUGUCAUAG